AUGCCUGAGUAUCCUGCCAAGGUCCUUGUCAACCAGGGAAACAUUGGAGGAAAUGGCGGCGGCGAGUAUGGAUGUCUUGCCCAGACUGGAGGCCUUGUGGAAUCCGUCGGAGUCUGGGCCUCUGGAAAAGACAUCAUUGGCGUCACCAUUAAAUUUACAAAUGAAGAUGAAAAGCACAAGAUGGGGUCUGGGAAAUGGGGGGACUUCAGCGAAUUCCUCUUCGAGGCCGGGGAGACCGUCAAGUCGCUGAGUCUAUGGGGCAACGGUGUCGGUACCAACCUCGGUCGGAUCAAGUUCACCACAUCGACAGGUCGCAGCUUUGACUGGGGCGCUCACAAGGCAGAUAAGGAGUAUCCCAUGGAUGUUGGCUCGGGCCUGUGGGUCGGCAUCAAAGGGAAAUGUGGUGCAACUGUCGACAACAUGGGAGUGUAUUUCCUGAAGAAGGUGGAGUCCAUGUCCAUGCAGGAUGUGAAAUUCAAAAAUGACCCGACCGGUACUGCGCAGGGAAUCAAGUCGAAGUCGCUCAAGUCGGUCCAAUAUCCGUGGAAUGGGAGGCCAUACACUUGGACCUUCCAGCAACCCAGGCUUGAUAAAGAGACACACACCGUGACGGAGACAAAGUCGAGAUCAACUGCAUUAGCCCUGGGCUUCAAAGAGACAUGGGAGAACAAAGUCAAUCUAUUCAUUGAUGAGAGUAAGGUCACGGUCGAGGCCAACCAAAGCCUAACGUUCACCUGGACCACCGAGAAUUCCACAGCGGAUGCAACCGAGAGCUCGGAUGGGUUGACUGCGGGUGCCAGUGGCCAAGUCCAGAAAGCCGAAGACGCGGUGGUUGUUGAGGCCACCACUUGGACUGGUACGGUGGAUCUCGAGUACACGGCAAAGAUCGUGGUCAAAAUGCAGAGUGGAGAUUCCUACGACAUUCCCACCAAGGGAUCCAUGAAAAAGGUUGCCUUCUCCAAGGUAUAUGUCAACGUCAGGCCCCUGAGCGAGGAUGGGAAUUCUCUUCCCCCAUUCGAUCCCGAGGACAAUCCUCCAAAAGAAAAUAGGGAGCUAGAGGUGGAUCCUGAUGAGAUUCCUGAUGAGAAUCCCGAGGAAUUCUCUCAAGAGGAAGACACGAAUCCCGGGGUGCCGAACGUGCUCAGCGAAGAUCCCCAACAGCCUCAAACACUCAGCUAUAGUGGAUAUAACCCGUCCAACGAAGCCCGAGCUGCAUAUGAUCGACCAUUCCUCGACAGCAACAACGAUGAUCGCAACGAAGAACAAUUCGAGGAAGACCAGGAAGUACCCAAACGGCGGACCAACGAAUACUACAAUGAAGAAGACAGGUCGAGACCAGACACUCGUGAUGGGAAUUCCGCUGAAUGGGACACUGGGCGGUACGACGACAACCAGGAGGUUUACGAUUACGAGCGAAGGCAGUUCCAAGAAGGUGAACAGCCGCAAGGAAAUACUGAGAGUCGGUUCGGUCAGGGUGAAGAGACAGCCUAUUGCAGAAAUGACGACAGCGGCGGAAACGAAGAAUACCAACCGAGAGAAGAUCGAGGAUACGCGCUUGCAACGCCCACGGAGAGCUAUCGUCCGGAAGGGGAGGAUUACAAUCACCAAUGGACUCCGCAGCAAACCAAACCUCCUGGAAUGCACGGCUUCGAAAGUACCGAAGAGAGCAACCAAGACCGGUACCAGGCUGAACGCCCAGAAAAUGAAAGCGUGGCGUGGAGAGAAGAGCAAGUGGGCCAAGAAUACGACGUUCCACACCGAUUUGGUAGUUAUGGGGCGUUUAGCCGGAACGACGAGCAGGAUACUCAUCCACGCUACCGAAACGAGGAAGAGGAUGGCUCGGAGUACCUCGAGCAGAGGGCAGUCGAAGACCCUCACCCAAGCUACCGAAGAGAUGAAGAGGACGGCUUGGAGGGCUUCGAUGAAAGACAUCGGGGCGAGCAACGAGGUAGCCGAUGGAGGGAGGAUGACACCGCGGUAUUUUGA